AUGCCCCGAUACACUGUGGCAUAUCGCCACGUCUCGACAUAUUUGUCUCUAAAAGAGGCCAUGGUGGGUCUCCAUUCGUAUGAUGCAUUCCGAUAUGUUACUGCGUAUAAUUACGGCCCAACCUCGAAUGGAAAAGUGUAUCGUUGUAUUUCUCAUGAACGCUGCAAACGACGUCUUCGAGUCAUUGAAGUCAAUAAAGAAGAUUCAGAGAUUCCUGUCACUUUUCAAUUGGCAGUCGCCGGAAUGCAUGGAACCCAAAUUUCUAAUCGGAAACGAGUUGGUAUUGACCGGUCUGUAAAAGCGGAAGUUGAUGGGCUGCUAGCUCGAGGGUUUGAACCCAAGAAAUGCCGUCUCACUCUUGAAGAAAAGUACGCAAAGCAACCAGCAAUUCUUGUCAAACUUCCAAGUGAAAGCCAGAUGAGAAAUCGACUGUUAACGCUCAAGAAAUAUGGAAAGCGGAUUCUAGAUGCCGCUCCAGAUACAGACUUAACUUGGCGUACAGUUUCACCACAAAAUUUGCUAGUAGCUGAAGAAGACACAUGUGAGGAUGCUAAGAGUAGCGAUUCAGAGUGGGUUGAUGAAGAUAGUAAUCCGACCGCUGAAGUUUUUAAAAGUAGGGAGAAAUACAAGAGUGUUAACGAGACGGAUCGCUAUGAUAAAAAGAAGCUGAUGGAGGAGUUCACGGCGUUGCCUGGACGGCCGGUGCUUUGGAGGAUUCUCAAAAAGACCGGAUACACAAAUGACAAUGACGAUACGAUGGUGACUGAGUGGAUAACUGGGCAGGUGGUUGGAUGGCAAACUAGCGAAACUUUGCCUACAAAAUGGGUUGUGCGAUUUACAGAUGGUGAAAAGCGAAGGGUUGAACUAGAAGAGCUCGUAGAUCAGAUCCGAGCAUCAGCACAGCAGGGACUAAACGUGACGGGUCGGUCACUUGACUUCUAG